AUGAACUUUAAAAAAACACUUGUUCACAAUUAUGCCAACAGGCAGAGCACGGGCUCUGCCCCGCAAGGCACUGCCCAUCAGGGCGUGAACCGAACAGAUGAAAUGCUGCACACGGAUCAGAGAGCCAACCAUGAAGGCCCAUGGCCUUCCCAUGGCACACGCCAGCCCCCAUAUGGUCCUUCUGCCCCCAUGCUCCCCAUGACAAGGCCCCCUCCAUUCAACUACCAGCUCCCACCAAGCAUGAAGAAUCACAUUCCUCAGGUAUCCAGCCCUGCUCCCCUGCCCUGGCCAAUGGAGAACCGCACCUCUCCUAGCAAGUCUCCAUUCUUGCACUCUGGGAUGAAGAUGCAGAAGCCAGGUCCCCCAGUACCUGCCUCACACAUAGCACCUGCCCCUGUGCAGCCCCCUAUGAUAUGAUGGGACACCACCUUCCCACCUGGCUCUGUUGAAGCCACGCAGCCUGUGUUGAAGCAGAGGAGGCGGCUCACGACGAAAGACAUCGGAACCCCGGAGGCAUGGCGGGUAAUGAUGUCCCGCAAGUCUGGGCUGCUGGCAGAGAGCACGUGGGCAUUAGACACCAUUAACAUCCUGCUGUAUGAUAACUACAGCAUCAUGACUUUCAACCUCAGUCAGCUCCCAGGGUUGCUAGAGCUCCUUGUGGAAUAUUUCCGACGUUGCCCGAUUGAGAUCUUUGGCAUUUUAAAGGAGUAUGAGGUGGGUGACCCAGGACGGAGAACACUACUGGACCCUGGGAGGUUCGGCAAAGCGUCUAGUCCAGCUCCUGUAGAGGGGGAGGAGGAGGAAGACCUUCUAGGUCCUAAACUAGAGGAGGAAGAAGAGGAGGAAGUAAUUGAAAAUGGUGAGGAGAUGGCCUUUGUGGGCAAGGACAAAGCCGCCUCAGAGAAGAGUGAGGAGAAACUGAUUAGUAAGUUGGACAGGCUUCCAGUAAAGAUCGUGCAAAAGAAUGACCCGUUUGUGGUGGACUGCUCAGAUCGGCUUGGGCGCGUGCAGGAGUUUGACAGUGGCUUGCUGCAUCGGCGGAUUGGUGGCAGGGACACCACUGAGCAUAUCCAGACCCACUUUGAGAGCAAAACAGAGCUGCUGCCUUCCCGGCCUCAUGUACCCUGCCCACCAGUCACUUGGAAGUAUGUCACAGCAGUAGAGGGUACACCAGGGACAACAGAGCAGGAGGGCCCCCCGACCGAUGGCCCUCCAGAAAAAUGGAUCACAGCCACUGUGGAUGACAUGUUGUCCACCCAGUCUAGCACGUUGACCGAGGAGGGAGCUAAGAGUGUAGAGGCCACCAAGGAAAGCAGCAAGUUCCCAUUUGGCAUCCACCCAGCACAGAGCCAUCGGAACAUCAAGAUCCUAGAGGAUGAACCCCACAGUAAAGAUGAGACCCCACUGUGUACCCUUCUGGACUGGCAGGAUUCCCUUGCCAGAUGCUGCGUCUGUGUCUCCAAUACUAUCCGAAGUCUGUCAUUUGUGCCAGGCAAUGACUCUGAGAUGUCCAAACACCCGGGGCUGCUGCUGACCCUGGGCAAGCUCAUCCUUCUGCACCACAAGCACCCAGAACGGAAGCAGGCGCCACUGACUUACGAGAAGGAGGAGGAGCAGGACCAAGGGGUGAGCUGCAGCAAAGUGGAGUGCUGGUGGGACUGCUUGGAGAUGCUUCGGGAGAACACCUUGGUCACGCUCGCCAACAUUUCGGGGCAGUUGGACCUCUCCCCAUACCCCGAGAGCAUCUGCCUGCCUGUGCUGGAUGGACUCCUACACUGGGCAGUCUGCCCUUCAGCUGAAGCCCAGGACCCCUUCUCCACCCUGGGCCCCAACGCCGUCCUCUCCCCCCAGAGACUGGUCUUGGAGACCCUCAGCAAACUCAGCAUCCAGGACAGCAAUGUGGACCUGAUCCUGGCCACACCCCCCUUCAGCCGCCUGGAGAAGUUGUACAGCGCCAUGGUGCGCUCCCUCGGUGACCGAAAGAACCCGGUGUGCCGGGAGAUGGCUGUAGUACUGCUAGCCAACCUGGCACAGGGUGACAGCCUGGCAGCCCCUGCCAUUGCAGUGCAGAAAGGCAGCAUCGGCAACCUCCUGGGCUUCCUGGAGGAUAGCCUUGCUGCCACACGGUUCCAGCAGAGCCAGGCCAGCCUGCUCCCGCUGGAGCAGAACCCGCCCGUUGAGCCAACUAGUGUGGACACGAUGCGACGGGCUGCCCGUGCGCUGCUGGCCCUGGCCACGGUGGACGAGAGCCACUCGGAGUUCACGCUGUACGAGUCACGGCUGUUGGACAUCUCGGUAUCGCCGUCGAUGAACUCAUUGGUUACACAAGUCAUUUGCGAUGUACUGUUUUUGAUUGGCCAGUCAUGACAGCCGUGGGACACCUCCCUCCCUGUGUGCGUGUGCGUGUGUGGAGAACUUAGAAACUGACUGUUGCCCUUUAUUUAUGCAAAACCACCUCAGAAUCCAGUUUACCCUGUGCUGUCCA